AUGAAGGAAGUAUACAUGCUUACUAAAACCAUUAGCAAUGACAAGCCGAAGCCAGCAUUUGCUGUUAAAGACAAAACCGGAAAUCUAGUGACUGGGCAUGCUAGAACGGAAAGAUGGAGGGAACAUUUCGAGGAAGUCUUGAAUCGACCCGCUCCUGACAAUCCUGUAAAUGAAAUUGUGGUUGAACCUGUAAUACAUGAAAUUAGUACCGAACCUAUAACACUAGUUGAAAUUAGAACAGUAUUGAAAAGAAUAAAGAAUGGUAGAGCAGGAGGCAAGGAUGAAAUUACUCUAGAGUUAUUGAAAGCUGACAUGAAUAUAACAGAAGAAUGGUUAUGCAGCAUAUUUAAAGAUAUUUGGGAGAAAGAAAAAGUUCCAAAAGCAUGGAAACAGGGGCUGAUUGUCAAAAUACCUAAAAACGGAAGCUUUACUAAAUGUGAUUUCGAGAAAGCGUUUGACUCUGUUCACCGUGAUAGGAUGUGGAAAAUAAUGGAGGCUUAUGGAAUUCCAAGGAAGAUAAUAAAUAUGGUUCAAAUCUUAUACGAAGGCACUGAAUGUGCUGUGCUGGAUGGGAUUGAAGAGUCUGACUGGUUCAAAGUCAAAACUGGAGUUAAGCAAGGAGAUGUAAUGUCUGGUUUUAUUUUCCUGAUAAUAAUAGACUGGAUAAUGAAGAGAACAACUGAAGAAAGCAACACUGGAAUUAGAUGGAGAUUCACAUCAAAACUCGAAGACUUAGACUUUGCAGACGAUAUUGCACUUGUGUCACCAAACUGUCAGCAAUUGCAAAUAAAAGCUACAAAACUCUCACAAUUUGCUACACAAACUGGGCUCAAAAUUAAUAAGAAGAAAUCAGAAGUGUUAAGGAUAAAUAGCAACA